GGGGAGCAGUUUGUCGAGUCGCGUCUGCUGAUAACCAAUCACGGCAAUCCCCUUCCAUCUGCAUCUUCAUCAUCUCGAAGGCUUCAACAGCAGCAACCGACCCUGUUCCCGCCAUUCGACGCGCACUUGGCUACCACGUCUACCUCCUUACUGGAAGUCAAGAUAUGCGGUCGACGAGUAAGCAAUGCAGUGUUACACGGAGCUGACGCCGCCAACGGCCGUUACACAUUCCACGACGCUGCAGUUCAUCCCCGGGCAGGGCACAAACCUCGUCGUCGCGAAGUCGUCGCUCCUCCAAAUAUUCCGGACGAAAGUUGUCUCGACCGAGCUGGAAACGCCGGAAAACAACCGCCGCAAAACACGCAAUCCGGCGCGCUAUGACAGCCGGUUAGUCAACGAUGACGAGGGCCUCGAAGCAUCUUUUCUAGGCGGUGAUAGCCUUGCCCUACGGACGGAUCGCGCCAACACCACCAAGCUGGUGCUCGUUGCUGAGAUCUCCCUCUCGGGCACGGUGAAUGGUCUUGCCAGGAUAAAGACGCCUGGCGCACGCCACGGAUGUGACUCGCUCCUCAUUGCAUUCAAAGACGCAAGGCUCAGUCUGGUCGAGUGGGACGCAGAACGGCAUGCGCUGUCCACCGUGUCUAUCCACUAUUACGAGCAAGAAGAGCUCCAGGGGAGCCCGUGGGCUGCUCCGCUGAGCCACUAUGUCAACUUCCUGGCAGCAGACCCGGGUAGCAGAUGCGCUGCGCUCAAGUUCGGCGCCCGGAACUUGGCUAUCCUGCCCUUCAGGCAGGCCGACGAGGACAUUGACAUGGGUGGCUGGGAUGAGGAGCUGGACGGCCCGCGGCCGGCGAAAGACCCGUCAAGCGCCGUCGUAAAUGGAGCUAGCAACAUAGAAGACACACCAUAUUCACCGUCAUUUGUCCUCCGACUCUCCCAUCUUGACCCAAGCCUGCUGCAUCCUGUGCACCUCGCCUUUCUGCAUGAAUACCGAGAGCCCACGUUUGGCAUCCUCGCCUCGACCGCCAGCGCGUCGAACUCGCUCGGCCGCAAGGACCACUACACCUACAUGGUCUUCACGCUCGACCUGCAGCAGAAGGCCUCCACCACGAUCCUGUCCGUUGGCGGUCUGCCCCAGGACCUUUUCCGGGUGGUGCCCUUGCCCGCUCCGGUGGGCGGCGCCCUACUCGUGGGAUCGAACGAGCUGAUCCACAUCGACCAGUCGGGCAAGGCCAACGGCGUUGCCGUCAACCCCAUGACGAGACAAUGCACCUCGUUCGGUCUCGUUGAUCAGUCGGACCUCAACCUCCGCCUGGAAGGCUGCGUCAUCGAAGCGUUGACGGCCGAUCUUGGCGAAUUCCUCGUCAUCCUGAACGAUGGCCGCAUGGCCUUGGUCACCUUCCGCAUCGACGGCCGCACAGUGUCUGGUCUGGAGCUGAAGAUGCUCGCGGCGCCGUCUGGAGGCGCCGUCAUCCCAAGCCGCGUCACGACAGUCUCGAGGAUAGGCCGGAAUGCCAUGUUCGCUGGGCUUGAGGAAGGAGACUCGGUGCUAUUCGGGUGGGCCAAAAAGCAGAGCUCGGCGGGGCGGAGAAAACAGCGGACGAGAGAGGCGGACCUGGAGUUGGAGAUGGAGGACGAGGACAUAGCCGAAGAGGAGGAGGAUGAGGACGACUUAUAUGGCGAAGAGUCCUCAGCAGCCCGUCAACAGCCCGCCUCGGCAGCGAGCGGCUUCCUGAGCGGCGAUGUCACUUUCCGCAUCCACGAUCGCCUUCUGAACAUGGCGCCGAUCCAAGCCGUGACCUACAGCCAGCCGGUCUGGCUGCCUGGAAGCGAAGAAGAGCGGAACUCUGCUGGUACCCAUAGCGACCUACAGUUGGUCUGCGCCGUGGGCAGGGAUCAGUCGGCGUCGCUUGCGAUCGUGAACUUGGCGAUCCAACCAAAGGUCAUCGGCCGCUUCGAGUUUCCCGAGGCGAGAGGGUUUUGGACCAUGUGCGCAAAGAAGCCAAUCCCCAAGUCACUCCAAAAUGACAAAGGCGAAAACCUGCUCGGGAGCGACUAUGACACGUCGGGCCGGUAUGACAAGUACAUGAUCGUGGCCAAGGUGGACCUGGACGGUUACGAGAAGUCGGAUGUCUAUGCUCUCACCGCCGCGGGCUUUGAGGGACUCGGCGGCACCGAGUUUGAUCCGGCCGCCGGCAUCACCAUCGAGGCGGGCACUAUGGGCCGAGGCAGCAGAAUCAUCCAGGUCCUCAAGUCGGAAGUUCGCUGCUACGACGGAGACUUUGGCCUCAGUCAGAUUGUUCCCAUGCUUGAUGAAGAGACGGGCGCGGAGCCCAGAGCCAUCAGCGCCAGCAUUGCGGACCCCUUCCUCCUCAUCAUCCGGGACGAUUCUAGCGCGUUUAUCGCCCAGAUCGACAGCAGCAACGAGCUGGAAGAGCUGACCAAGGACGAUCAGACGCUUGCCACCACCAAAUGGCUCACGGGCUGCUUGUAUGCCGACGCUGAUGGCACGUUUGCUGAAGAGCCGGCCGAAAAGGGCAGCCAACCGGUUCAGAGCGUACUGAUGUUCCUCCUGAGCGCCGGCGGCGCCCUUUAUAUCUAUCGUCUUCCCGAGCUGUCAAAACCAGUCUAUGUCGCGGAAGGACUGUCGUAUAUUCCCCCCGGCCUCUCGGCCGACUACGCGGCCAGGAAGGGGACGGCAAAGCAGGUUCUCACGGAGAUCCUGGUUGCCGACCUCGGGGACACGACUCACAAAUCUCCUCAUCUCAUCCUUCGCCACGCAAACGAUGACCUGACGCUCUACCAGCCCUACCGGACCAGGGCGAGCGCGGGAUCCGGAUCCGGAUCGGAAUUCUCCAAGACGCUUUACUUUCAGAAGCUUCCCAACGUGGCUUUCGCCAAGAGUCCUGAGCAAGCAAACGAAGACGAAGCAUCACUGCAGCCUCGCUUGCUCCCCAUGCGCAGGUGCAACAACAUCCAUGGAUACAGCACCGUGUUCAUGCCCGGAGCAUCGCCAGGCUUCGUCAUCAAGUCGUCCAAGUCGAUUCCGCGGGUCGUGCCAUUACAAGGGUCAGGGAUCAUCGCCAUGAGCCCAUUCCACACAGAGGGAUGCGAGCAUGGCUUUAUCUAUGCCGACUCGAAUUAUAUUGCGAGGGUAACCCAGCUGCCGGACGGCUGGAGCUAUGCAGAGACUGGGCUGGCCGUCAGGAAGAUCCCCGUCGGAGAGGACGUGGCCGCCGUGGCAUAUCACGCACCGAUGCAGAGCUAUGUGCUGGGCUGCAACACCCCCGAGCCGUUUGAGCUGCCAAAAGACGAUGAUUACCACAAGGAGUGGGCACGCGAGAACCUCCCGUUCAAGCCCACGGUCGACCGGGGCGUGCUCAAACUCGUGAGCCCCAUCACCUGGACCGUCGUUGACUCGGUGCCCAUGGAAUCGUGCGAGACAAUCCUCUGCGUGGAGACUCUGAAUCUAGAAGUCUCCGAGUUCACGAACGAGCGGAAGCUGCUUGUUGCGGUUGGAACCGCCCUGACCAAAGGCGAGGAUCUACCGACUAGAGGUCGUGUCUAUGUCUACGACAUCGCCGAUGUCAUUCCCGAGCCUGGCCGUCCCGAGACGAGCAAGAAACUGAAGCUCAUCGCGAAGGAGGACAUCCCCCGAGGAGCGGUUACCGCGCUCUCCGAGAUCGGCACACAGGGGCUCAUGCUCGUCGCGCAGGGCCAGAAAUGCAUGGUCAGGGGUCUCAAAGAAGACGGAUCGCUGCUGCCCGUGGCGUUCAUGGAUAUGAACUGCUACGUCACCGCCGCCAAGGAGCUCCCGGGCACCGGGCUGUGCCUGAUGGCCGACGCGUUCAAGGGCGUGUGGUUCACAGGCUACACCGAGGAGCCCUACAAGAUGAUGCUGUUUGGCAAGAGCUCUACCAGGCUGGAGGUGUUGAACGCAGAUUUCCUCCCCGACGGGAAAGAGUUGUUCAUUGUGGCCAGCGACGCCGACGGCCACAUCCACAUAUUACAGUUCGACCCGGAGCACCCUAAAUCCCUCCAAGGCCACCUCCUCCUGCACCGAACAACCUUCAACACGGGCGCCCACCACCCCACAAAAUCCCUCCUCCUCCCCGCCGUCACCCCGGCCGACAGAACCAGAGACAGCAAACAACAAGCGCAAACCCAGUCGAACGGGACCUCCUCCUCCUCCCAGGAACGCGAGCCGGCCACCCAACGCCCGCACGUCCUGCUGCUCGCGUCGCCGACGGGCGUGCUCGCCGCGCUUCGCCCGCUCUCCGAGUCGGCUUACCGCCGGCUGUCGUCGCUCGCCGCGCAGCUGGUCAACUCGCUGCCGCACGCCGCUGGGCUGAACCCCAAGGGCUACCGCAUGACCAACGCGGACUGCCCGCCCGCGGGUGUAGAUGCGGGCAUCGGGAGGAGCAUCGUGGAUGGCGCCGUGCUGGCGAGGUUCGGCGAGCUGGGCAUGGCCAGGCGCGUUGAGCUGGCGGGCCGGGCCGGGUACGCCGGGCUCGAGGAGGUGAGGGCCGAGUUGGAGAGCGUGCUGGGCUGGGCCGGGUUGGAUUAUUUCUGAGAGUCAAAACUUAGUACCUGGGUAAAAAGGGGAGGGGUCUGAAGGUGGAUUGUAGUGGGUUGAGAUAGACUGGGUAAUUCACUAUUUUCGCUAAGAGAUGUCGCUGAAUAAUGUCGGUCGGUACCAGGUAACUUUUCUAUGUAAAGACGGCCUUCCCAUUCCGAGUCUUCGCUACGGAAUACAUAGAGCUGCAGCUGGGGUUGGUCAUCUCUUGCCUUGAAUCAACAAACUGUC